CGCAUCUACGCACGCGAUGGGCUUCGCGCUCAGGUGACAGCCUCGAUCCAUGCCGUCCCAGAACAGCCCAAAACUUCGGUUAUGAAUGAGAAUACUUCCAGAACUGUCCGCAGAGAGCUUAUUUAGAAACGAGGACCACCGGAGCUUUACAAAGAGCCCUUCUCCAAAUGCCGUCCGCCGCGCGGAUGAGAGAAGAGGAGGGAAUGGGAUUUAUUUACAAGCCGGAGUCCGGUUCUUCCGUCGGGGUCGAGUGAGUCGAUACGCUCGGGGCAAAAAGAAUAAUUUUAACAGCGGAGCCGCGGCAGAAGACAGCUCGGGGCAGAGUAAGGAGAGCGCGGGAGGGACUGUCGCUGGAUGCUGCAUGAGGCGCUUCGUGAGGGGCGAUGGAGAUGCUGAGGGACUGGAGACCUCCAACACUUCUGCUUCUCACCUUGCUGCGGUUGUUCCCAGGUGAUUCUCAGCGGGUCGAGAUGCCACGGAAAGACAUGGAGGUAAUCAUGGGACAAAUGGUUGUUCUGGAGGCCUGGUACACCCCCACUACCUCCAUCGAGAAGAACGCGGUCAUCUGGACCUUCAUGGCCAAUCACUCCAAACAAGUCAUCUCCUACUUCUCGGGACAGAUUGGCAUCGGUAGCACUGACUUCCGGAGGCGGGUGGGUUUUGCCAUGUCGAUGCCCUCUGCCAAUCUGUCCAUCUACAUCAAUAACACGCAGGAGUCUGACUCCGGGCGCUAUCACUGCCACGUCAUCAUUCCUGGAGCUCCAGGCCUGUCUGGAGAGCUACACCUCAAUGUUAAAGUUCCUCCAUCCACGCCUGUGUGCUCUAUGACAGGAAAUCCUGUACUGAGUGGCAAUGUAACGCUGAGCUGUAAAUCCAGCCAUGGCAAACCUGUUCCUCAGUACAAAUGGACCAAAGCAGCUCCUCUUUCUGAGGUCUUCUUCUCUCCCAUGCAAAAUGAGAGGCAGGGCACCCUUCGACUUAGCAAUCUCACCAAAAGCAUGUCCGGCAAGUAUGUUUGCCGCUCCAGCAACACGGCUGGGACUGACAGCUGCCACAUCAAUCUAGAGGUCUCCACCCCUAACAACGCCUGGGUGAUCGCCGGGGCCACGGUGGGCUCCGUGGUGGGUCUGAUGGCUCUAGUUUUAUUCCUGAUCUUCAUCCUGAGGAGAAACCGUGACACAGAAGAGGAGAUGGCCAAUGACAUCAAGGAAGACGCACAAGCACCGCAGCGCGUCUCCUGGGCAAAAAGCGGCACAGGAUCGGACAUCAUGUCAAAAAACGGCACAUUAUCCUCAAUAGCCACCAGCCCUCCUGCACAGGACCCUCAGCAUCCGCUCCAAAACAACCACUACCCAUACCCCCCCGGGGCCUCGGACACGGCCUCCAUCCUCACCACCUCGGGAAGCACAACCACCUACCGCCUCCGCCCAGGGGAGCCCAACCCACUGCACGGCCUGCCCGGAUACAACGCCAGCAGCACGCCCAAUCACACGCACCGCCCGCACCAGCGCCAACACACUCCCAACAGCUGCUCCGCACAGAGGACCGAGGGGCCGCAGCCGCAGACCCCGCGUCCGCUCAACAUGCCUAUAAACACUGCCACGCUGUCCCGCAUGGGUGCUGUGCCCAUCAUGGUGCCCACCCAGAACCACGCCGGGUCACUGGUGUAACGACUAGCCAAAUGUAUGUGGGGGGAAAAGGGUUUCGACAAAUGUGACGAUAAAUUUGGCUAAAACCUUUUUAUACAGAGUGAAGUACAGUAAGAUACAGUUCCAUGUCGAAAAACACCUUUGUUACGUUUUUUUCUAAUGAGAUUAAUCUGUGUUUUAAAGCCUAAACACUCUGUGAAGUUCAUUUUUUCGAACCGUUUCUGAUCGAGAACAGUAUUUUGUUUUUAUUUUGUGCGUUACGCGUUACGACGUCCACUUUGUGUAACGGUCGUGUUUAUGGAUUCAGAUUUGUUCAGUUAUUUAGACAUUCGGGAACAUUUUUGACAGUAAUCUUUAGCGUCGGCUGUUCUUGUGCCUCUUGUGCCUCCGUUUCUCUCAGGAGUUUUCGCUUUUUCUGUCAAGAGGUUGACAGAUUUCUGAAGCAGAGCAGGUUUCAUUUCAAAUGUUACGUUUGUUUAGAUAUUUAGAGAGAAAAGGGAUGAGCGUAAAGACGAAGGUUUAAAUGAGAACCCGUGGAAAUGCCGUUUUACGAUGUAGAGCAUCAAACAAAUAAAUGCCGCUGUCUGCCACGCUCGCGUACUGAAGCAGGGGGGGACUCUUAAUUUGUAAAGCGUCUGAUGAUGUAAGGUAAAUGAAAGUGUCCAUUUAUUUAUUUGUGUGUUCAUGACAAUGUAUGAAAAACUAGCCUUGUGGUUUAAUGACUUGAAUAUCGAAAGCAAUGUUUAAUGAUUUUUGAUAAUAGUGUCAAUGCUGAAUGUUAUUGUGAAUGUUCUGGCUGGAGAUAUUGUUUACUCUGUAAUUAAAACUUUUCCACUUAUUUUGCUCUUUUCAAAUUGGCAUUAUGUGAAAUCGAAAGCAUUAUACAGUAACUGUCCACAUGGUGGAAGCAGGGAAAGUGGAAAAUGCCUCAGUGAGGUUCAAGUGUUUAAGCUGAGGUGCUUGUUCUGAUAAAUCAAUACAGAAAUGCAUUGUAAAACAUUUUUAAACUAGCACAUCUCUUUAACGAGGCAUUUCACUGACCCAGCAUUA